GACACAAGAUGCAGACAGAGGGACAGGAUGGAGGGGACUGUGCUGACGCUGGGGCUGCUGGCCACCUUUGUCAUUUGUGGCCCUGUUCCAGUCCUCAAUCCUCCCCAGGCAGCUGGGGCCUGAACGAGGAGGAGCGGCUGAUCCGGCACCUGUUCCACGAGAAGGGCUACAGCAAGGAGCUCCGGCCCGUGGCACACAAAGAGGAGAGCGUGAAAGUCUCGCUGGCCCUCACCCUCUCCAACCUCAUCUCUCUGAAAGAAGUCGAGGAGACCCUCACCACCAACGUGUGGAUAGAACACGGCUGGACAGACAGCCGUCUGAAGUGGGAUGCCAAUGAAUUUGGGAACAUCAGCAUCCUGCGCCUGCCCCCCGACAUGCUGUGGCUCCCGGAGAUCGUGCUGGAGAACAACAAUGACGGCUCCUUCCAGAUUUCCUACUCCUGCAACGUGCUCGUCUAUGACUCGGGCUACGUGUACUGGCUGCCGCCUGCCAUCUUCCGCUCCUCCUGUCCCAUCUCCGUCACCUACUUCCCCUUCGACUGGCAGAACUGCUCCCUCAAGUUCAGUUCGCUCAAGUACACGGCCAAGGAGCUCACCCUGAGCCUGAAGCAGGAAGAGGAACAGGGCCGCCCCUACCCUGUGGAGUGGGUCAUCAUCGACCCUGAGGGCUUCACAGAAAACGGGGAGUGGGAGAUAGUGCACCGGCCGGCCAGGGUCAACGUGGACCCCCAUGUUCCGCUGGACAGCCCCAGCCGCCAGGACGUCACCUUCUACCUCAUCAUCCGCCGCAAGCCUCUCUUCUACAUCAUCAACAUCCUGGUGCCCUGCGUGCUCAUCUCCUUCAUGGUCAACCUGGUCUUCUACCUGCCAGCCGACAGUGGUGAGAAGACGUCAGUGGCCAUCUCAGUGCUCCUGGCCCAGUCUGUCUUCUUGCUGCUCAUCUCCAAGCGGCUGCCUGCCACAUCCAUGGCCAUCCCCCUCAUCGGCAAGUUCCUGCUCUUUGGCAUGGUGCUGGUCACCAUGGUCGUGGUGAUCUGUGUCAUCGUGCUCAACAUACACUUCCGAACACCCAGCACCCACGUGCUGUCCGAGGGCGUCAAGAAGCUCUUUUUGGAGACUCUGCCCAAGAUCCUGCACAUGUCCCGCCCGGCAGAGGAUGGACCCAGCCCUGGGGCCCUGGUCCGGAGGAGCAGCUCCCUGGGCUACAUGUCCAAGGCUGAGGAAUACUUCUUGCUUAAGUCGCGCAGUGACCUCAUGUUUGAGAAGCAGUCAGAGCGGCAUGGGCUGGCCCGGCGCCUCACCACUGCACGCCGGCCUCCAGCAAGCUCUGAGCAGGCCCAGCAGGAACUCUUCAGCGAGCUGAAGCCGGCUGUGGACGGGGCAAAUUUCAUCGUUAACCACAUGAGGGACCAGAACAAUUACAAUGAGGAGAAGGACAGCUGGAACCGGGUGGCACGCACAGUGGACCGCCUCUGCCUGUUUGUGGUGACACCCAUCAUGGUGAUGGGCACGGCCUGGAUCUUUCUGCAGGGCAUAUACAACCAGCCCCCACCUCAGCCUUUCCCUGGAGACCCCUACUCGUACCAUGUGCAGGACAAGCGCUUCAUCUAGGGUGGGCUGCGGGGGUAGCCAGGCAGACAGCAGGGUCUAAGAGAGGAGCAGCUCUCCCUAGGAGGGCCAGCUCCUGGCCUGAGGCUUGUGCCCUGUGGGUCCUGCAAGGCUGGGGGUGGAGACCCAGGAAGCGAAGGGGCAGCCCCACUCCUCAGUAGCAGUUCCUUUGCAAAUAAAGACAGGAGCCACCCAGGAUGGUCUGAGAGAGGCCAUCGGCUGGUAGAGAUGGGCAGGACCAUGUGAGGGAGGCAGGAGGCUGGCUCAGGGGCCAGGGAGGAUGCCACACAGGCUGGCCUCAUGGGGAGAGCUCUGUGAGGGGUCAGACAGAGGCCUCUUCUCUGCCUCCCCCUCCCCCCUAGGUGGGGGUAGAGAAGGCAGGAUUUUGUGCCUUCGCUUCCUGGCUCCUCCAGCCACCCUCAACCUCGGGCUUCUGAAGCCUCACCUGGAGCUGGGGCUGGGGACGCCUCUCUCCAGGCCCCUUAAGGAAGAAGGUAUUCUGCAGGGGUGGGAGCACCAGGUUUCCAGAAUGUCCUUUCCCAGCCCUGUCUGUCUCGGCCACUGUGUGUCUGAGUCCAUCUGCGAAGCUGAGGACUGGCGUGGAAGGGUCGGGCUCAGCCUGAGGUCACACACACAAUCCCAGAGCACCAGAACUCAGCCUCUACCCUCCGGAGUGCCCCAUCACCCACCCCCACUCCUCCUCCCCAAAGUAGGGUUGCCAUGCCAUAUUUGGGAUAUACUUAUACUAAAAAAGUAUUCAUUGUUUAUCUAAAAUUCAAACUUAACAGGCAUCCUAUAUUUUUAUUUGCUAAAUCUGGCAACUCUACCCCAAGGGGAGCCCCCACUCAAUCCUAUCCUGAGGGCCAAAGGCCGAGGCCGCAGGAGCUGUGGUAGCCCACUUCCAAGGUGGCCUCAGCGAUCCCACCUCCUGGUGUUUGUGCCCUUGUGCAGACCCCUCCCACGGUACCAGGGCUGGUCUGUGUAACCAAUAGAAUGAGGCAGAAGUGAUGGCUUAUUGCUUCCGAGAUUAGGUUAUAAAGGACACUGUGGCUCCUGUUUCCCUCACUCAUUCUCACUCUUGCAUCAAUGGAUCUCUCUGGGGGGAAGCCAGCUGGUGUGCUGGAGAGGCCCAUGUGGCAAGGAACUGGGCCUCCCUCCAACAGCCCCAUGAGUGAACUUGGAAGUGGAUCCUCCAGCCCCAGUGGGGCCUUCAGAUGAGCUUGCAGCCCCACUAUGCGUCUUGUCUGCAACUCCAUCAAAGUCCCUGAGCCAGAACACCCAGCUGAGCUGCUCCUGGAUUCCUGACCCUUAGAAACCGUGUGAUCUUAGACAUUUGUUGUUUUAAGCUGCAAAGUUUUGGGGUAGUUUGUUAUACUAGCAGUGUGACCUUGGCUGAGCCACUCCUCACCUCUCAGCUUCAGUUUUCUCAUCUGUAAAACAUGUGUCGAAGAAGUACUACUCAUGAGGUGUUGUGAAAAUGGAAUUUGCUAGUAGGAGUAAAGGUACUUACAUAUGUCCUACAA